AUGAAGCCUUCAGCCUUCAGAUUGCCUUUUUGGGGACAUGAUGAGUCUUCGACAUCAUCCAAUAGAGGAAAUUUUUUAGAAUUGCUCAAAUGGUAUAGCUCAAAGUGUCCAGAAGUUGCGGCAGUUGUUGGAAUGAAUGCACCUGGAAAUAAUCAAAUGAUUGCCCCAAAAAUUCAAAAGCAAUUGGUGAAUGCUUGUGCAGUUGAGACCACAAAUGAUAUUCUAGCUGAUCUUGGAGAUAGGUGGUUCACUUUACUACUUGAUGAGGCUCGUGACUGUUCAGUGAAAGAGAAAAUGGCAGUUGUUAUUAGAUAUGUGAACAAACAUGGAGAGAUGAUUAAACGAUUUAUGGUUGUAGUUCAUGUUGCAACAACUACAGCUGCUUGUUUUAAGGAGCUAGUGGUUGUAGUUGUUGCUCAAGCAAAUCAAUAUGUUUGUGAUUUCAUAUGGAUUGUUGGUUCGAUUGUGAACACAUCUGCAUCAUCUUGCAAAAGGGCCGACAAACUUCGACAACUUGAACAUGACAGAAAAGUUAAACUUCUUGAAAGAGGAGAGAUUAGUUCUGGUAAAGAACUAAACCAAGAAACUAGUCUAGCUAGACCUGGAGAUACACGAUGGGGGUUUCAUCAUUCAACUUUAUGUAGUAUUGAACAAAUGUGGCCAUCUGUUAUAGAGGUUCUUCAAAAUUUGAUUGAUGAUGGUGAUCAUUCUUCUAAGGAUUUAAGUAGAACUUUGGUUGAAAGAAUGGAGAGUUAUGAAUUUGUGUUUAUUCUACUAUUGAUGAAACAUAACAUCAAUAGUCGUAGUCGUUUGAAGAGAGAUGGAAAAAAUGUUAAUUUUUAUCACUACUACCCUGUUGAAAUCUUUUGUGAGGUUAUCGAUAUUAUUCUACAGGAGAUGGAUAGUCAUUUCUCUGAAACAACUACAGAUUUGUUGAUUUAUAUGUCAUGCCUUGAUCCUAGGAACUCGUUCUCUAGAUUUGAUGUACAGAAAUUAGUGCGUCUGGCUCAUUUUUAUGAGGAUGAUUUUUCUUGGAGUGAGCUUAUGUUGGUUGAACAAGAGCUUGAAACAUAUAUUGAUGACAUCAGAUCAGAUGAACGGUUUGAAGCCAUUUCAGAUUUGGGAGCUCUUGCAAAGAAAAUGAUUGAAACAAUGAAGAACCGUGUGUUUCCUUUGGUUUAUCGGAUGAUUGAGCUAGCCUUACUUCUUCCAGUUGCUACUGCAAUCGUUGAAAGAGUGUUUUCGGCAAUGAAUAUUGUCAAAACAGAUUUGCGAAACAGGAAUGGAGAUGAAUGA